AUGAAGGCAUUUUUGGCCCUUGCUCUUUUCUGUACUUUUGCGGUGCUUCAUACAUGUAAGUAAACUUUAUUCAUUUUAUAUGAAGUAUUAAUUAUACAGUUUUUAAAGGAUACAUGUCUGAAGUAUAGCGUAUAAUACAUGGUAAAAGUAUAGCGAAUGUAGCCAUUACCUUAUGACAUUCAUUAUCGUCGGUUUUACUCUAAGUGUAUAGUAUAGACCUAUAUAUAUACAUUGAUUUUCAUUAUCUAUACUUUUCUUAAUAUUAUAACUUUAUCAACUAUUCAUUUUAUAUCAAAUAUUAAAUAUCAAGUUAACUUUCUGAAGUAUAAAUCAAGUUAACUGUAAGCGUGGUUCACGAAAUGCUAGAGGGUUCUCGAUAUCGCCAAGACAGAGCAAAUAGUAUGGUUUCUUUUUGUUUACCAAUACAACCUGUUUCAUCCCAUAGUCACUGAGGAUUCCUUUAUUGGAUGAAACAGACUGUAGUGGCAACUUCGAGGGGUAAACAAAACUAUACUAUUUGGUCAACUUAACGUUAUAUAUUACACACACACACACAUAUGAGAAACACCUAACUCUGUAUUAGAUUUCAACUCACUAAUCGCCAAGUUUCAGUAAAGAAAUGCAGUCCCCAAACAGAUUAUGUUUACGACUCGACGUUUCGACACUCCAGUUUGUUAGUAAUGGUUUUUAUUAACUUACGUGAUUAAAUUAUAUUGGCGUAAUAUUGCCCAUGCGCAUCUUGUAUUGUACAGCGUAUAGUUUAAACACGAUGUAUUUUAGAGAAACUCCGAGUAACUUGUAAGUUGAACAUGUCUUAAUGCUGUUUUAAUCUUCUGUUAGAUGGAGCACCUAGGGCCGCUCAUCUCGCUGCGAAGCAGAGGGACUCGACGCUACCGACAAAAGGGCCGAAGCCACCCGUAAAAGGUUUGUAUGUUCUUAUGUUGUUGCCAAGGGUAGCCAUCAAAAUGUUGUGGAAAUAGCAUUAAAACACGAAUGGAAAAGUGCGUGUUUUCAUCUUUUCCGUACGAUGGUUUCCUCUUGAGAAAUAUAAUGCUCAUUUGCCUCCAAAUACAAGACUACUCCAUAAUGAAAAGAAUCAACAUUAUUUUCUCACUCUGAUAACUGCAGGUUGACCACCAUCUUCAAUAUUUGUUUUUUUAUUAUAUGCUAGGAUUACCUGGUCUCCCAGGCCCUGAUGGCCAGAAAGGUGACGUAGGUCCAGUGGGCAGCACCGGCGCUCCGGGACCAACCGGUCCUGCCGGACCCAAGGGUGAUAAGGGAUAUCCAGGACCUCGAGGUGAUAAAGGAAACCGAGGGGAUCCCGGUCCAGACGGCGCCAAUGGAGCUGAUGGAGCCAAGGGAGUCCGAGGUGGCCAGGGGAAUCCUGGGAAUGAUGGUGAUCGAGGUAUGCUCAUACUUCAUGUAAUUUAUUAUAUUGUCUUACUACCUUUGCAUGAUCUAACCGUGCUUAACUCAGCAGUGAGUUCUGUACAACAUCAGAUCACUUUAAGGUAGCUCACAUUCAAGAACAUCUACUACCUCUGCAUGAUCUAACCAUGCUUAAUUCAGCAGUGAGUUCUGUACAACAUCAGAUCACUUUAAGGUAGCUCACAUUCAAGAACAUGUACUACCUCUGCGUGAUCUAACCAUGCUUAACUCAGCAAUGAGUUCUGUACAAUAUAGUAUUACCAUAUAUAAUGAUACGCUAUUAUAUCUUACGCAUCACUCAAUUUGUUUUCUAACAUGUUUCGCGUGUUUUCAGGUCCACAAGGGCCACAGGGCGCAAAAGGUUUACCUGGCACAGAUGGUGCUGAUGGCGGACCUGGCCCACAAGGUGAUACAGGUGAUACGGGCGACAGGGGCCAGCAAGGAGACAGAGGCAACGAUGGCGCUGAUGGUGGCAAUGGCAUCGAUGGCGCUAAGGGAGCCAAGGGUGACAAAGGACCUAAAGGAGCUAUAGGUUUGUAGGUUAUUACUUUCUGAGGCAGUUUUGAAGCCAGGAUAUUUAUAAUGGGCAGAGAUUUUUAAAUCAGUCAAGUUCUUUAUAACUCAAGUGUUUAACUUCGUUUCGGAGUCAUGCAAAAUGCUUUCUCUUACAAAACAUGAACGAUUUAGCAUACCAAAUCUCUUUUAAAGAGAUCUAGCACGUUUUGAGCGGCAGUUAUUGAGACGAAGGGCAAUACACUAAUCUUACUUGUUAUUGCAAAAUUAAGAAGCUGCUGAUGAGCAUUUUCGAUCUAGACAAUUUCCUUUCCAACCAAAAACCAGAAACUGCAAGAACCUCUACUAGCAUACUGGAAGAUUUGUCGUGGUAACUCCAAUAUGCAUUCAUUUGCCGGCUUUUGUAACCGGGUUAUUGGAUAUAUCCUACAUUAAUCAUCAUGAUCUUGCCUUUUCAAGUUGGUUCAUUGAGUUUAAUGUUCUAUCACAAUUGUUGUAAAGAUAAAAUAGUCUAAGCAUGUCCACAUGUGUAGAUUUGUGCUAUAGAGAUGUUAAUGGUGCAUUAAUUCGUGCGUCAUUUCUAAUCUUAGGACCACAAGGGGCAACGGGUAACAAUGGAGCCAAAGGACAGACGGGUAAGCCCGGUGAAAAUGGAGAGCCAGGCAACCAAGGUCGACGAGGAGAAGACGGUGCAACCGGCGAACCGGGUGAGCCUGGACUCCAAGGACGCCAAGGACAACGAGGUGAACAGGGCCCACAAGGACCCGCUGGUGCCGACGGUAAUUCUGGUGCAACUGGUCCUAAUGGUGGUCCGGGUGUCCGGGGUAGAGCAGGUUUCCCAGGACCACGUGGUCCACGUGGUGAUCCAGGCGAUAAUGGUGCCGAUGGCAACCCUGGACCUGAUGGUAGGUUGAUAUACUGAAUGGGCAUGUUUCCCAAUUGUUUUCGCUUUGGGACAAGGCAGUGGCGAAGCCAGUCAUAGCAACAGGUCAUGCUAUGCAUAUUUUUAAUGAUUGGCUUUGUUCAAACUUUUAGAAAUGUAUCGUCUAUAUCCUAUUUAGAUGCUGCUUUAUUAACAUAGCAUGACCAGUUGCAAUGACUAGCUUCUCCACUGGAACAAGAGCACAUUGAAGGGAGGGGGGCAUAUGUACCCCUUUGACCCCCAGUUCCCACGUCACUGAUCUAUAACUUGUCUUUUGUUGUAGGUCCCCCAGGUGAUGCUGGAAAUGACGGUUACCCAGGACGAGAUCAAGAAAUGGUCUGCCAAAAUGUCGAAGCUCCCGGAGGAUCAGUUAACUGCAAUACUUUACCAGCCGGUGGCACGUACACCAUGAUGGGCUGCGCUUGUAGCUACUCCUGUCAAAAUAAAGUGAUAACAAACGGCAAUUGUAACUGUAAUUGUCCCUCACCACAUACACACACGAAAGGAAUGUGCUGCAGAAUGCAAGUGGAAAACUGAAUUGUGGACUAAUAAAUGAAGGGUUCGCCCUGUGUAUCUAGCUAUAUUUGCACAUUUUAUGUAUGUUGAAAUAAAUGUUCUGUGAUUUAAAUUUUUGAAUAAAUUCUUUUAUAAAACAAAUGUUUUGUUUGUUCGUAUCUUGUUGUACUUCAGACUUGCGUAAAGUCUCGCUCGAAUACACAAAUUUGCCUAACGUUGUUUACAUCCGUGCUACCCAACUCACAAUUUUAAAUAACUCACAGCCUAGUUACUAGUAAUUGUUGUUUACAGAAGCAUAGAACGGACAAAAGUCACUAAGCCUCAGAAUUAUGUAUAAGAGUCAUUCACUCGUGUAGAUAAUUGUGAAGCUUAGUUACCUUGGUACUAUUCUGUGCUUCUGUAUACUAGAACAAUCGUAACUAAGGCAUGUGAGUUAUCUAAUUUGUGAAUUGGGUUUACUGGCUUCAUUUCUGAUACGGUCCACCCAGUCUAUUAUGAGAUCAGUACUGAACCCAGUCUAUUAUAAGACCAGAACUGAUCUAGAACUGAACUAGACCACCCAGUCUAUUAUGAGACCAAAACUGAUCUACUGAGAACUGAACUAGACUGCCCAGUCUAUUAUGAGACCGAAACUGAUCUACUGAGAACUGAACUAGACUGCCCAGUCUAUUAUGAGACCAGAACUGAUCUACUGAGAACUGAACUAGACUGCCCAGUCUAUUAUGAGACCAGAACUGAUCUCACAACAAUCUGGAUAUAGAACCUAUCAAAACUCUAACACUGUUCCAUUUAAGUUCAAUGUCUUGCCGUACCGGGGUUGAGAACUUUGUCAGAGACAUAAACAUACUGUUUACCAUAAAGCAACACAAUAUUAUAUCCUUGUGCAAAAGCUACAUUUUUCAAAGGCUAGAUCAGUUCAAUUAUAUUCCUCAAAGAAACUCAAACAUGCCAGCAGACCUUACUCGUUUGCCUCAGUAGCCCCUAGACGUGGCCCAGUCACAUGUAAAACCGUCUGGUGAUAGCCAUUCAAAAGAAUUAACUGAAAAAUUGAGUGUGAACUGGCUAAAAAUUGCAUUGUACAGCCUUUGAACCGUCCUUGCUAUAUCAUGAAUAAUUAGUGAACGUUUCAUCCAAUCAAAUUUGGAAGAUAAUGUCACGUGUAUAAAUAUAACUCCGUAAAAAUACAUAACGAAAAUGCAAAUUAGCGACAAGCAGUCGCAUUUCUAACUUCCGUUACCACCAGAAGUAGAUAUAACUUGUUUACAUAAGGAAUUCGUUUAUUUCAUAAGUUGUUCUAUUUUUUAACAUCCGACUGUUUCUGAAUCUUUUUACUCGCAUGUCUGUGGCGAUGACCACACUGCACAAGAACAAAACUACUUUUCCAACAUGUAUCAUGUUCAAACCAUUCAUGGACAAGCUCAACUCUUUACAACCAUUAUUGCAAAAUUAUAAAUUUCCUAAAUAGUAAAUUGGCAAAAAUAAUGAUUUAUAUAUAGUUUAAUUAAUUACCAUUCAUGGUGUUUUGAAAUGUUCUCUUGUGAACAUCGCCAUUGUAGCUCUGAAAUCGGGUUUAUUCAAGGGCACCCUAUAUUUCACACACCCACACAAAAUAUGAGCAAUUAAUAAAAAAUUAUAUAAUAUUGUAUCGCAGUGGUUUUUAUGCAUUUCCAACCACGGAAAAGGAAGGAAAAACGAAAUCAUCCCACAAUAAUGUAAUUAUACCCGCUCUAUUAUAUUUACACAUAAUUAUUAUGCAGGAUAUGGACAUAAAAUGAUAUUAAGUUCUUUCCGUGCGGAAAUCAUUUGUAAUAUGAUACCCAAACUGUUUGAUAGAUUCGCACGAACCCUGAGGCGUAGCAUCCUGUCGUAAAAAUAGCAGAAACUAUGCCUCGUCCCUCCAACUUGGCAUAGGGGGCAGUUUUUGCGACAUUUAUGACAGGGUAUUCUACCCCUUCUCCUCGAUACAUUAACAUAUCCGUCCAAAAACUACAAUCAGCAGACAAUUCAAUUCAAGUUUUUUCACUCCACAUCUUGGGUUUCAAGAUAUUUUCAUUUUUCGCUUUUAUACUUUAUUGAUAUAUAUAUUCAGUGAUAUUCGUCAUUGCUCUUUAUCAAUGUAUGUACAUUCAAAUUCAUUAUCUUUUCCCGAGAGGGCUUUUCAAAGAUAAUAAAAAAAAAUACAUUAUAACGCUUAUACAAUUAUGUACAAAAGAUCAUAUAAUAUGUUUUUAAACUCUUAAGUUUUCAUUAAUAUUGGCUCAAACAAUAAGUCUAUAGGUCAUUUAUGUCCGGUUUGACAGAUGAUGAAUGUUGAUUGGUGCCCCCCCCCCCCCUGCAAAAGUUUGUUGAUGAAUCAUCAGCCAACUCAGUUGGAAAAUAGGACAUAGUCGCAGGAUAGAUUUGGCUCAGCAGUGAGUUGUGUACAACAUCAGAUCACUUUAGGAUAGCUGACAUUCAAGAACAUGUACUAUCUCUGCAUGAUCUAACCAUGCUUAACUCAACAGUGAGUUCUGUCUUUAAGGUGGCUCACAUUGAAGAGCAUGUACUACCUCUGUAUGACUGUAUGACCAUGCUAAAAUUCAGCAGUGAAUUCUGUACAACAUCAUAGUCUAGGAUAACUUAUAUUUAAAAACUGUUUGUUUACUAUACUUAUGUGGUCGUAUAAAAAAAUGUGGAUUUGAACCAAAUAUUAAAUAGAUCGCGUGUGAAAAAUAGCAUGACUAAACUAAUUUUAUGUUGAUCAAUGGUGCUGAACCGUGCUGCAUGCAAUUUCUUUUAAAUUUCAUUAAUUAAAUUGAAAGGAAACUCUAUACAUGCAUUUCCUGAGACAUUAACACAUUCAAGAAUAAACUUCCCUAGUUGCAAAUUCUUUGCAAGUAACAUCCGAUAAAAGCUAUUUUUUGAAGUUUCUUUGAAUUUUUUUUUAAUAAAAAAACCUCAGGCUUUCAUUCUUUGUUUGAAUUUUCGUGUAAUAUAAUUGAUUAAGUCCCGAGGGAGUCGUGACAGAGAGAAAGCGUCAUUUUUUUGGGCGUAGGGCUUCCAUAGCAAUGGAUAAGCUGCGGAAAAAUGUCUUGUGUUAAAUAUGAAACGCUAGAAGCAUAAGACAAAAGCUUUAAACGUUAAAGGAAACAUUAGCAAGAAAGUACUAGCACAGGAAUAAAGGCGUUUGUUAUAUUUAUAUCUUAAACGACGCUCUUCUUUUGAUAGUUGCUAGAAACAUAGAUACCAAGAACCUUCCACAGCCUCAAAACAUGCACGCAAUUGUCGGCUCUAGCUCACAAAGCACUAUCGCGCAGCAGAUGAUUGUCAGCCUGCAGUUAGCAGAGUGAGAAAAUAUCAUUCAUUGACACCCACCAUUACCAUUUGAGUCAUGAGUUUGAUGAUGUAACGAACCAAUAAGGAACUACUUAGGCCUGGUUUAUACGGCGUGUUAUGACCGCAUCGAAACAAUUUUCAAAUUGUCGCCGCCACAUUAAUAGAACGCAUUCUGAUGCGUUUAACAUGACGUAUCUGCAUGAGCGAACCAAUUUUUAAGGUAGAGCUAAAAAGCCUGGUUACGAGAGAAAUAAAUUAUAUGCAAUUAUAGUAUCGUUCGGCGCUAUAUGCUUUAAAUCAAGGGCGUGCUUGUAACCGUGCUAUGAGCGUUUGGCACGCCUUCGCUGAGUGAGCCACUUCAGGCAACAAACCAAUGUGAUUUGUACACCGUGGUGUGACUGAACUAAUUAGCCAAUCGGUUCACUCGUAGCACGAUGUAUAAAGCAGGCUGGCUUACUAACUGUGAACUUGAAAACCAUUAUAUGUAUACAUAUCGAUUUCAAUUUUGUUUAUCGUUUUAAAAGUUUUCCGUUUUGAGAUAUUUUUCAGUUUAUACGAAAAGAACUAAAUCGUAUUUUAUAUGUUAAAACGUUAGGUUAGUAAUUUUUCUUAGAUGUGCAUUUUACAAUUUAUUUAUUUAUUGUAAAUAGAUUAUUAUAUUUAAUGGACAAUAUUCAAUUGUAUCUUGAACAAAACAUAUUAAUGUAGAUUUAAUAGGCAGUAAAUGUACAUUAAAUAAACGAGUUUUAAGUAGUCCACUUAUUUAGCCAUUUAGGCUAUUCCUUAUUUGGCUUAAAAAUGCUUUUAUUUUUUUAAAAGAGCUCAUACAUAUAUUUUCUCCAUUUGAACUAAAAAUUUAAGAACUAAUAUACGUUACGAUGAAGCAAAAUAGUGUGUGCAAGCCUAAAUAAGUUAUUUUAUUCCAUAUUAAAGCAAAUAUAAGAUCAUUUGCAGGCAGAAUCACGAACACGUUUUGUGUUAUUGAAGUUCAAUAUUGGCCUUAUUCUAGACCAGCAUUCCAGUGUUGGUUUCAACUCACUGAUAGUGUUGCUUAGCAUUAAAUUAUCAUUAGUUUUUGACAUUAGCUCAUUAGAACAAAUCAAAUGCUAAUUGGAAAAAGGUCAAGGAGCACUUUUCUUUAAGAUUUAUUUCAAGUACAUCCUCCAAAAAUCCUUGACCUCGCUCGAAAAACGAUUUUGUGAAAGUCUCUUUCAAAAACUUUUUAUAGCUCAAAAUGAAUAGCAACGCUUUUCUAGACGUGAUGCUUUUGGACUUUAAAAGAAAACUGUAAAUUUUUGCAAGAAAUUCGGUCAGAUUUUUAAGGCAAUUGAUUGCACUUCAGUAAAGGCGGCUUGCUUCUCUUGCUGUUUUAGGCCAGUUGAAGAGAAUGUGGUGUUAGGGGGUAGGCGUGCGGCUUUUACUUAAGGUGGCAUGUCAAUACUUUUCCUGUGAGAGUACUUGAUAAUACCAUGUUAACGAACUUGGCAACCAAACUAUUUAUCCCACUCAAUAUUCUUAGUUUUUCCUUCGACCAAUGAGGGACGAGUUAAGGUGCUUCACUAUACAGCGUCCUAUAUAAAAGCCAACUUUAACACAGUCGCAACACUAAGUGUGAUAUACGGCCUGUGAAUAUGAAGUCCCUAUCUGUGCUGGCACUUUGUGUCUUCGCUUUUACAUGCAUUUCAGGUAAGCAAUUUAUUAUAAUAUAUUAUAUAAUUUAUAUAUAUUUAAAUAUAUAGUCUUAUACUACCUUUAAACGUAUUAAGUUAAGAUUAUGAUUUGUUAUUGCCGAAUUGAUAUUGCUUUGCAUGUAACUUCAAACACGUCUCAGGGAAUGUCAAGGUCGUGAAAUACACGUCCUUUGUGGUAGAUUCUCACACGUCUAAACUUCAAACAGCUAGUGUUCAAUGUGGGGUAGUGGUCUUGAAAUACACGUUGUUUGUGAUAGAUGCUCACUAGUCUGAACAUUAAACAGUUAGUGCUCCAUGUAGGUAUAGUGGUCUUGAAAUACACGUCGUUUUUGGUAGAUUCUCACCAGCCAACUGUUGAUUAAAGCUAACGGCUGUUUUGUCCCAAGUUGUAAGAUAUUUUGUGAAGACUAUUGCGAACGUUUGGUUCAUGUGAGCAUCCAGCACAAAGGAUAUGUAUUGUAGAUCAUCAAGACCUACACUGAGAACAAAUUCAGGUUUAGUUUAGUGAAAAGAUAUUAUUUCACAUCAAUAAUUUUAAUUGCAUGUCGCCAGAGUGAACAUAAAUUAAUUUUAUACCCUUUAAAUUAAUUUUGUACCUAAUUGAUACAUUAUGAUUUAAUUGAUACAUUAUGUCACAAUUAAGAUAAAUUAAUUCGUUUAUAAGCAAUCAAUUUCGCUUUUCUAUAUUGUUUUCAAUUCACUUUUCUAUAUCACAAACAUCUCUAUGAAUUUUUCUUGUAGAUGCACACAAAACAGCGUUUGACGGUGAGUUUUAUGCUAUACUUUCCCCUUCUCAACAACACUAUCCCAGUUAUGCUGGACAGCAUGCAAGUUUAAACACAAAGUAAUGGAUGAUUAUUUAGGAUGGUCAAAACAGUACAAAUUGUUUUGGUAUAUAUUGCUGUUGCGUCAUUUCGAUGCUUAAAAUCGAAAGCCAACAUCGAAAAUUACUAUUUUUCUAUUAAAUUCCCACACAACAUAUUAGAACAACAAUAUAUUUCGAUUAAAGCUUUGCAAAUUGCAAUCACGAAUUUUUGUUCCCUCACGUAAUAUAUAAACAGACGGGAAGAGUCGGAAGAGAAGUUUGAUGUUUUCAAACGAUGGAUCCCUCCCCCUCCCCUGUACCCCCAGGAAAUCCAUCCCUGCCAAAAAGUGUGUUGACAUCACUACGUAUAGUACUAUAGUGAACAAGUUUGAGUAUAUGGUAGAAAGCUUCUCAGACGAACCAGUAUUUUAAAAUCUUAAACUGUGUGCCAGUGUAGGUAGUGUCAAUAAUUUGAACAAGCUUUCAUUGGUAGGGAUACAACUACCUGAAAAAAUAUAAGGAGAAUUUCGAUGUUUCGAGCGAAGACCCUAAUUGUCUGGAGUUACUCGCUGGUAACUUCAGACGAAGGGCCUUCGCUCGAAUCGUCGAAAUUCUCCUUAUAUUUUUUCAGGUAGUUGCAUUCCUACCAAUGAAAGCUUGUUCACAUUAUUUUAAAAGCCAUUUAACAGGAAAGCAAUUAUUUCGUAAAACUGUUGCAAUAAUAUUGUAAAUGUUAUUUCUCUCCCAUUGUAGCCAACCUAGUAACGCUGUUACAGCCGUCAAAUGAUGACAUUUACAAAAUAACCAUCUUCUUAAAAGGUCAGUAUGUCUUUCUUUUCUGAUCAAUUUAUUCCAUCUGAACAUCAGUUACUGAUUGAUUUCAAAUAGUGUCAGCAAACUCUUUAAUUGGCUAAUUAACCUACUAAUUAACGUACUAAUUAACAUAUUAAUUAAUCCUAGGUGAACGUGGUCCUGUUGGCCCUGCUGGACCAUCUGGUGAUCCCGGUCCAGAGGGACCCCAAGGACCUCGAGGACCACAAGGACCUACGGGUCAGGAUGGGGACACAGGUGAUAGGGGACCUGGGGCAAAUGGGGUAACUGGUUCAACUGGGGAUAGAGGUGAACGUGGUGAUGAUGGUCUACAUGGGGCGGAUGGUGAGCCUGGCAUGAUUGGUCCUAAUGGAGAUCCCGGUGCCCCGGGACCUAAAGGUGAGCUUAAUGUUUAACUGGAGUGAUGUCCUGUUCAUGCAUAAGAUUAUUUGAGUUCCUUGUCCUUCUCGUAAUUGUUACAUUUUAUUCCAUGUUAGGUGAUGUAAUAGGUAACCACCACUGACAGAUAGGACAUGACCAUCAUACUAACAGAAUCACCAUUAUUCCAGGUUUCCAAGGUGUUCGAGGACAGGCAGGUGAACAUGGUGCUGAUGGUGUUGAAGGUCCUGCUGGUGCCAGAGGACAGACUGGUGCUGUCGGUCCUAAAGGUUUCAAGGGUAACCCAGGCAACAAUGGUGCGAAUGGUUUUAAUGGCUUUGAUGGUUUCAGUGGUGAUAGGGGCGAUAAGGGUGAUACAGGUGAUACGGGUCCACCAGGUACGCCUGGUGAGACUGGCGGUCCUGGUGAUCCCGGCGUAAAUGGUGUCGCUGGUAACGUUGGCCCAAACGGGGAUCCUGGUAACGCUGGUAACCGAGGUGCUCGUGGUGCAGCCGGAGCCACAGGUAACCCUGGACUCAAGGGAUAUCCAGGUCCAGCUGGCCCUGCUGGUGUAGAUGGAGCCGAUGGUCUGAAAGGAGCUGCUGGUGCCGAUGGUGGGGUAGGUCUCACCGGACCCCCUGGACCUCGAGGUCGUACUGGCCCUUCUGGAAAUGAUGCUGCUGAUGGUGCUAUUGGUAACCCAGGUACGUCAUGUUGUGUAAAAUAUUUGUCUCGUUGUAAGUUCUAACGUGUUGUCAUGUUGUACUUAUAUUUUGUAAUACUGUGCCAAUGUUAGUUAUAUUUUGUGAAUAAUUCACUGAAGAAAACAAAAGAAAUCAUGAGCGUGAAGGAGUUUGUAUAUCUGAUUAUAUAUCUGUUUGUAUACCUGCUGAUUUACAUAAACUUUAAGUUUAAUUUUCUCACCAAAUAUCAUUAAUUUAUUUUAAAUUGUUGAAGAAUACGAAUGUUCUCAUCAAGACGUUUCACAAGCCAUUUACAACAUUCGUGUCCGUUUUGUAUCGCGGAUAUACAAACUCUCUCCUUCAGCUCAAAUUUGUAUGUCUUGUAUAUGUUGUAAAUAGUACAUUUAGGGACGUUGUAAAUGUAGCAUUAGCUAUCCAGGGAACAGCGGUCAUUAAAUAAUUAAAUAUUAUCAAACUUUCUCAUUUCUGUAGGACCCGCUGGGGCAACAGGUGCAGAUGGAGCCGAUGGUGCUGUGAAAACAUUACAAUGUACCUUCGCGACGACAAGCGGUCUCCGUCACGAAUGCGCCUCCACCCAAUUCCCCAUGGGAUGUUCAUGUCAUUUGAAUUGCAACGGUAAAGCCUGGAUCAAAGAUAAUGGAUGCACGUGUGAUUGUACUUCAUCUCACAGUGAGGACAAGCCUGUUGUCACGGGUGCUACAUGUUGUUAUGUUGCUUAA